GAUCCUGAUUCUCAACCAGUGUUUAAUUUCGACCUUAAUAGGUUAUCUUAAGAUUUAAAUGGGUUUUUUGAAAAAGUUUAAGAAGAAGAUGAACAAAAUCAAAAACUGAAAUGGGUAUAUUGAAUUGAUCUAAAAGCACUCUACUUUCCUCAGGCGGAUUUAUCAAAGCUACAUCAUACCCUUAUUUCUGAUAGAAUCAAAGAAGUGCAUUCUCUUCACUAAGUUGCUGUUAAUGGAGUCAUCUCUUCUUUCUACUGCAAAGAAUGCAUCAUUCUCAUUCUUACCUGUAUCCAAUCUCCAUUAUCAAUCUGGCUCAAAGGUCUCAUUUUGCCUCUUUCCCAAACCUAAGCUUCUGUUCUCAAUCAAGGGAUUGAAACCCAAUUGUAAUCGGCCAUUUGUUGUAUGAUCACAACAUAAUGAUGUAAGCUUCUCUAAGUGGUUUUCAUUAGAAGAUAUGUUUACGGAUAUUAGUUCAUUUAUCAACAAGCUUUUGGAUCCAUCUGUUGAUACUGAUACCGUAAUGCCUUCUCCAAGUCCAACUAAAGAAGGAGAAACAUAUGAUGUAAAAGAACUAUCUGUUGAUACUGAUACUGAUACUGCUGAUUCUGAUACUAAAGAAGGAGAAACAUAUGAUGUAAAAGAACUAUCUGUGGAUCCUUCUUUUGAGGAGCCAAUAUCUGAUGAAUUCAUUAGUCAAAUCUCUAAUCUAGUCAAGUUAGUUGAUUCAAAUGAUAUUAUGGAGUUACAGUUAAAACAAUUAGACUUUGAACUCUUAAUCAGAAAAAAGGAAGCCAUUCCAAUACCAACAUCUUCUUCUCCAAUUCCUAUAAUGCAUCAGUCUUACCAACCACUCCCUCUUACAGCAAUCUCGACACUUGAACCAUCCCCAUCAAACCUGUCUUUACCGGCUGCUCUUAAAUCGUCCAUUCCACCUCUGAAAAGUCCAAUGGCUGGGACAUUCUAUAGAAGUCCUGCACCUGGUGAACCACCAUUUGUGAAGGUUGGAGACAAGGUUCAGAAGGGACAGGUUAUCUGCAUCAUUGAAGCUAUGAAGUUGAUGAAUGAAAUAGAGGCUGAUCAAUCGGGAGCCAUAGUCCACAUAGUUGCAGAAGAUGGCAAACCUGUUAGUUUUGACACUGUGAGUAACUUGUAAACAACUAGGCGCCAUUUUAUUACUUCUAUUUUCAAUGGACAAAAGCUUAAUGCGAUAUUUGUUCUGUUUUUGUGCAGCCUCUUUUUGUGAUUGAACCAUAGAUAAUGAAUGGGACAGAGAACUUGAUAAAUGAUAAGCUAGCUAUGAAGGUUGGCUUUCUCUAUAUACACUCUCAUAUUAGGUACAAAUGUGCAAUAUGCAUAUUUAUGCUGGCUGGCCCAAAGUUUUGUUUUCAAUAGUAAGUAGCUUCUUAAGUUUUACGGAAUGCUCGUUUAACUCAGGAAAUAAAAACUUCUCAAGU